AUGUCCAAAAACGAAUCCAGUGUAAGCUAUAAUGAUAGAAAAUAUUUAGAAGUGUACGGGUACUUGUCGAAAAAUGCCACGUGGGAGAUUCAAGAGGAUCGACGUGAAUUUCUUCAUCAACUCGUUGCCGUCAUCAAUAAUUGGAAAGGCCAACUUCCAAAUCUUCUAGACUUCUUCCGGAAAGAAGUGAUUUAUUGGCUUUUGAUGGAAUCUGUUACAGGCGCAGAUGAAGACGCAGAUGAAGACGCCAGCGAGGCACCAGGGGAACGAUUCAUAGAUUUUGUGGCUCGCAGCGGCUACAAAGACGCGCCCGAGAUGGAUAAAGAUGGUAAGCCACUGUUGCAUCGCACCACGCCAGUCCAUCGUGCGGCUAAGCAGGAUGCCAAUCCCGCCACAAUCUCUGAUCUCUUUAAAAUUUACGAAAAACUUGACGUAAAUUACAUAGACGAAGAUGGAUUAACGCAUUUUCAAGUGGCCUGCUGGUAUGGUCUCGACACCAUUGUCGAAAAUUUUCUUGAACUCGGGCAAGAUCCAAACGAGGGCUUCUCUCAAGAUACGGACGCGAAAUAUCCAAAUUACCUGCCCCUAUACCUGGCUCUAUCCAGAUGCCACGAGAAGGUAGCCGAAGUGCUGCUGAGAAGAGGCGCCGAUCUGCUUAGAGCCAGUGUGGACGGAGUAACUCCUGUGCACACGCUUGGCAAGAGAAAUCACAAUGAUGCCUUUCUUGAGACAUUUUUCGAGAUCGGCGAGAAGAAACAUCUGGCGUUGCAGGUCAACACCAUAGACCGUGAUGGCCUUUUACCGUUAGAUUAUGCUCUGGUGGGCAGGAAGAAGAAACUGAUGGAAUUGCUGUUGAGACACGGUGCGAAUCCAAAUUUGCGUGACAAAAAUGGAGAUGCUCCAUUGCACCUCAUUUGCAAGCUAUGCUGCUACAGUGACUUGGGCGAGUUAUUGGAGAAAUUUUUCGCCUUCAACGACGAACUCGCUAACACGGUUCAGGUCAACGCUCGGAAUAUAGCGGGUGACACACCAUUGCACUUGUUUUUGGCUGUGCCGAGUAACAACGAAGCAAACAUCGAACUCAAUAACAUACACCAGGCCAACGGUUCCAACUAUCGGGUUGACACACCAUCGCUCUUGAUUCUGCAGAAUCUUAAAAAAAAUGCCGUUGAACUGUUGCUGAGAAGGGGUGCCGACCCUAAUGAUGCCGACGAAGAAGGAUUUACCCCUCUGCACUUCAUUUCCACGGAUGACUUGGCAGAGACAUUCUUCAAAAUCAACAAAGAGUUAAAUCAGACGUUGCAGGUCAACGCCCGGAACAAAUCGAACGAGUCACCGUUGCAUCGGGCAUUGGACGAUAACCUCAAAACCUUGGCCGAACUGCUGCUGAGAUGGGGCGCCAGUCCGAAUUUAGUCGACGACGAAGGGCAGACUUGUUUGCAUAUUAUUUGCUGUAGUGACGACGACGACGAAAACAUGGCAAAGAUGUUAUUUCAGAUCUGCGACGUAAAACAUCAGACGGUUCAGGUAGACGCUCAGGACAAUGAGGGUUGGACACCAUUACUCGUGGCAAUAUACCAAGGAAACAUCAAUUUGGUAGAAUGUUUGCUAAGAAGUGGCGCUAGUCCGAAUUUAGCUGAUAAUAAUGAACUUACUCCUUUGCAUGCAAGAUGCAAGAGAAAAAACGGCGAUGAUGGCUUGGGAAAGAGAUUUUUCGAGAUCAACGACGAAUUAAAUCAGCUGGUGGAGGUCGACGCCAAGAAUGAGGAGGGCUCGACGCCGCUACACUUGGCUCUGUUCCAUGGAUGCAAGAAACUGAACGAAUUGCUGUUGAAAAGACGCGCCGAUCCAAACUUGGCCAACGCAGAGGGCCGUACUCCUUUGCAUGUUGUAUGUCAGAGAGAAGACGACGAUGUUGACUUGGUGAAGAUGUUAUUCGAGAUGGGUGACAAAUUCAAUAAGCCGAUCCAGGUCGACGCCCGAGAUAAAUUUGGCUGCACACCAUUGCACUUGGCUUUGAAUUGCGGCCACGAACAAAUAGCUGAAUGGCUGCUGAGAAGAGGAGCGGAUCUGAAUUUAGCCAACGCAAAAGGAUCGACAUCGUUGCACUUGAUUAGCGCGGGAAAGAUGGACUGCGCUGACUUGUUGCAGACGUUUUUCGAAAUCAGCGACAAGCAAACACGACCGGUCGAGGUCGACGCACGUGACAACGAAGGCAAAACGUCGCUCCACCAUGCUAUAAGUCACCAACAUAAAAAGCUGUUUGAAUUACUGCUGAGAAGAGGCUUCAAUCCGAAUGUGACCGAUAAAGAUGGAUCGACAGCUCUGCACUUGAUUUGCAUGGCCGAUGACGAUAACGACUGGGCUAAGAUGUUGUUUGAAAUCAGCGAGGAAAAGAAUCGACAGGUGCAGAUCGAUGCUCGGGGCAUGUGCGACUUUACACCACUACACCAUGCACUGGUCAAAAAAGAACUCAGGGCAGUGGCAGAAUUGCUUCUGAGAAAGGGCGCCGCUAUGAAUUUAGUCGAUUGGGAGGGAUCGACUCCUCUUCACACAGUUUGCAAGUAUGCCGAUGACGAGGACCGCGUGAGGAUGUUAAUCGAGAUCAGCAACGAAGAAAAGAAGCCGGUCAAGGUCGACGCCCGGGACAAGUUGGGCCGGACGCCGCUACACCUAGCCCUGGCUAAAGGAAACGGUCAGGUGGUCAAGUAUCUGCUGAAAUUAGGUGCCGACCCCAACUUGGCAGACGAGAAUGGAUUCUCACCGUUGCAUGUCAUCAGCAAGGAUCGUUACGACGACGAUGAAUUGCUCAAGUUAUUCUUUUACGCCAGCAAAAAGGUCGAUCGGCCGGUGCAAGUCGAUGUCCAAGACAAGAACGGCCGGACGCCAUUACAAUGGGCCGUAGCGAAUCUGUUCUUGAAUGCGGUCGAUGUACUCCUGGAUCGGGGCGCCGAUUUGUCCUUCUUCGUUUUUCCCAGUAAGAGCUUUUUCGUCGAGAGAUUCGGAUCGAUAAGUGAGAUGGACGAACGUGAAUGGCUUGGAUUUAAAUUAUCAUUAUCGUCAAAAAUUGUGGUUCUUGUUGAACGUCUCGAGAAAAGAGGAUACGAAUUUGACCGUAACAAUACCCUGGAUAUCAUGGGUUUGUUCUCCGAGUACGGAUUGUUUGAAAAGUCAGUGGAUCUUGACGAAUAUUGGUAUGACGACGAAGAAUUUGUGAGCAAAUCGAAAGAGAUAAUGGUUAAUCCUAGUCUGUCGCUUCACGACCUUAUCCGAUUAAGACCGGAAGAGGCGGCAAAACAACUAAAAUAUGAGAACUACGUCGAGGUAGCGCGCUUGAACAAAUUGUCGGAUCUUUCCGAAGACCACAGGGAGGUUUGUGCACGGCAUCUGUGCGAAAAACUGUCGAGGGGAUUUUUCUGGCCGUGGGCACUGGAUGCUUUCUAUGAACUGAGACGUUACCAGCUGCCAGUUCUCUGCUGUGAAAUGAUUAUUGCGAAGCUAAAGAACGAGGAUUUAUAUAAUAUUUGCUUGGCAGCCCUACGAUAG